GAGCAGCUGUUACCGCCCCUACCCAGCCUCGAAAGGAAGUUACGACAGUAGUUCUCGGUGGUUUCUGAGCCUGUAGUUUGGAAGUAGAUAGGAUCAGGAUUAAAAAUGAACUUCGGAUCGCCACAGCCCAUCUAUAACCCGCCAAUCCCUUACACUGGGCCCAUUCCCGGAGGCCUGCAGGAUGGGAUGAUGAUCAUGAUCAAAGGGCGAGUGCUUCCUCAGAGUGACAGAUUUCACGUGAAUCUUCAGUGUGGCUCAAUACCGCAUCACUGUGACGUUGCCUUUCACUUUAACCCACGCUAUGCGAACCCAGGCUACGUGGUCUGCAAUACUUACAAGGACCAGCAGUGGUGCAUGGAGGAGAGGAAAUAUGAAAUGCCAAUCCAGAGGGGAGAAUCUUUCCAACUUCUCAUACUUGUCCAGACAGAUUGUUACAAGGUGGCAGUGAACGAUAAACACUUCCUGGAAUUCAAGCACCGGAUCCCAGUCUCCAGAGUGGACAGCAUUACUAUCGAUGGUCGAGUCGAGAUUGUCUCCAUCAGCUUCGUGAACAGCAAUCAAGUUCCUUUCAAGGCCCCGAUCCCUGGAGGAUUCUUUGUCUCAAGAUCUAUUGUCAUUCAGGGGACUGUCGCACCGAACUGUGGCAGUUUUUCCAUUAACCUAAAGCCAAGCAUUUCUCCUGACAUUGCAUUCCACAUCAGUCCGCGAUUCCGCACCGAAGAGGUCGUUGUGCGAAACAGCUACAUGCAGAAUUCCUGGUGCACGGAAGAGAGGAGUUUGGCUGAAAAUCCAUUUUCUCUUGGACAACCAUUUGAGAUCACCAUUCUGUGCGAGCAACCUUUCUUCAGGGUGAAUGUCAACAAUCGUCAUGUUUUUGAUUUCAACCAUCGUUACCAACCGAUCCAGCAGAUCGACGAACUGCAAAUUGAAGGGGACGUGACUCUCUCCAGUGUUCGUAUUUAAAGCUCGGCCUCCAAAACCAGCUGAACAUCCAGUGUCUGUCAGAUCCCACUUGUGUUUGCAGUGGGGGGUGAUGGAGGAAGGGAGGGUAGGAGUUGGUUAUAUAAUUCCAGUGAGACUCUGAACUGUCCUACCUUCUGCAGUGUUUCACAGUAUAGGAUCAUUUAAUUGAGAAAGCUUAGCAAGAUUUGCAUAUUGAUUGAUGUAUGUGCUAAAAGCUUAUGUUUGAAUCACUUUUUCCUAUCACAUUUAUUAUUAACUCCUUUCUCUAAAACUAAAAAUUAUGUAAAGUAACUACCAUUUUAUAAAACCUGCCUUUUCUUGUCCUUAGUUAAAUUCUUUCAAAUGAGAAAAGGUAAACCAUAUUUUUCAAUAAUUGGUGAGGUUUGAUAUUUUCAAGAUUUUGUUUUUGUUAGUUACAUGAACAAAUCAUUCCUCAUGGAGAUGAAUUAUUCCUAAAUUCAUCCUUUGCUGAGUGAGAACUGAUCCACACUCUUGGAUUCAGUGUUGCAAGUCUAAUUACCCACUCUCCUUCCAGCCUUGCCUUUGGUUACAUCUCCCUGAGAUUGUCACACUAUCUGUCUUUUGCAUGUCACCAUUUUAUUUGUAACAUUCUAGUAUGUUUCAAAUCCUCGAUGAUUCCUUGUUCUUACUCCCAGUGACUGGUGCAGACUUUGAGAUGAGACUAAUCUGAUAUACCACUGAAUUCUGUUACAGUAAUAAAUCUUACAAGAAAAGCCAAA